GAGAACAGGGCUCUUUGGCAGGCGUUAGACUCAAAAAAGGAUCCAUUCGUGGUGUAUUCCUUCCUCAUUCGAGCCUCGAAGCACCAGGAUGACGAUGAUAUGGAGUUCUGCUGCCCAAUUUAUUACCUCUCUUACGACCUCCAUUUCGUGGCAGGGGAGAGAACUCACUCAUCCGUCCUUGCUCCAGUGCGUGACACGCAAGAUUCCUUUGUCGCACUAUGCUGAGCAAGUAUCUUGAGCGACGCGACUACCCUCUUUAUGUCUCUGUUUAUGCCUCUGGCUUCUCCACAGAGACUUCUCUUGUGACGAACUUUAUUUGGGGGAGCAAUCAGCACGGAAAUUAUCCGUCUACUGGGCCAUCGACAUCGGCUACUACGACCUCAGUUCCCACAGUUACACCCGACAGUGGGAGCAAGGUCAGUCCAGACAGCAUGACAGAUGCAGGUGGUAGCUUCACAGGAUCAAAUACCGGAGCUUCGAGCACUGGUCCAUCGUACAAAUCAGUCACCUAUGCAUCGACGAGCAUUCGGGGAGGUGUUUCUAGCACCACUCAGAACUGCGAGCAUGGUAGUUCUUCGUCGUCCACCGGGAGCGGCAGCUCGCCAGCGAAUACCUUGAGCGCAACGUCUAGUACUGUGUUCCGCCCUACCCCCGUAACCACCUCAGAUACUACCUCCGAGCCAGCUUCCUACUAUUCAGCACCUGGCAGUAACUGUAUCCUAACUACGACCACCUACAGUGUUGUUAACGGCAUUCCCGUGACAACAUUGAUGUCUAAUGUGCUGUCGAGUUCGACCUUGAAUCGACCCAACGGGCAGAAUACAGGAGGUUCUCCUACCUCUCCUCCAGCAGGCUCACCAGAAACUCCCGCAGUGACGGGUGAUGGUUUCCUUCCGAGCUCAUCUGAUGUUAAUCAACUAGGGAGGAUUUCUUCGGGUGCAGUUGCCGUGGUCUCGGUAAUUGGUGCAGUCAUCCUAGCAAUACUCCUUCUACUUCUCAUUCGACGAUAUCACCGGGUCAGACGGCAAUGGCGGCUUGCCCAUAUUCGUCGCGCGGGGUGGAAUACUACUUUUAGUUCAGGAGGUAGAACUGACGACGUUUCUGCCGUCACCUCCUAUGUAAACAGGACACCUCUGUCCUUUACGGACCCUGUGCCCCCUCCCAUGGCAGAAAUCCGUGAUGAUCAUGGGCUGUCGACGCACAACUCUGGCAAACCACGAUACUCCACGCACCCUCCACGACCCCUUCUCCUCGACGUAAAGGUUUCUUCCCAUUCAGACACUCGCGGCGCUCACUCAAAUGCCAUUCCAAGCAACUUCGACUCAUCUUAUCUUGUGAUGCCUGACGGCCUUGCCCAAUUGCAACCAGAGAUUGCAACACCCAUGUCUGUCCGUCCUUUCACUCCUUCAGAAUCCUUCUCGUUUCCUAAGCCACCUUCAAAUGGGGAGUGGAUUAAAAUUCCAAACAGAGAUAGUCAUGGCACGGCCCUCAGCUCGAGCACCGAGAUGUAUCCUCCGAGUCUCACAAAUCCCUCCUCUGGGCCUGAGUCGCCCAUAACCUCUGGAUUCUGCCCAGUAGAAAUGAUCCACCGGACAUUCGUACCCUCACGUUAUGACGAAAUGUCUGUGUCCAUCGGGGACCGUGUCAAGAUCUUAGAAGUCUUUGACGAUGGCUGGGCUAUGGUGGAAAAGGUUCCCGAGGGAAAUGGUAAAGGGAAGGAUGUGGACCUAGAGCCUGGGUUAAUCCCCAUUGAUUGUCUAAGGAUGACGGGCGAUCCUCUCCCGCCUUUUUUGGCUGCGAAGAGGAUCAGUAGUCAGAUAUCGCCAGACGUUGCUGUUUGAAAAUUUUCGCUUUCGGGUUUCACGGAUACGCACCGUUUGAAAUGAUUGCAUUUAUUCCUUUUUAUACCAUAAUUCUAAUUUCAUCCGAGUCAUCGCUGCAGGCUCAGCGCCGACUUUAUCAGUGCUUUCCACUCUGCUUUCGACAGCAGUUUGUAUUUACACCAACAAAAUACCACUUCGGAAUCAUAUAAGCGCCUGAACUUGGAGCUCUAA